GUGAGCAAAGCCGCCACAUCAGCACAGAUAAGAGAUUGCGUUAACGACGGGCACGGUUUAAAAGGCCAGCUGAGUGGUCCAGGGAGGGCAGUCCGCGAUACGGCACAACGCGCGCACACACCGACAGCCAUGACGUUCAACGGCACCUGGAAAGUGGACCGAAGCGAGAACUAUGAGAAAUUCAUGGAGCAGAUGGGCAUCAAUAUGGUGAAGCGGAAACUGGCGGCUCACGACAACCUGAAGAUUAUCAUCGAGCAGGACGGAGACAAGUUCCAGGUGAAGGAGAGCAGCGCGUUCCGGACGGUCGAAAUCAACUUCACCCUGGGCGUCGACUUCGAAUACAGUCUGGCGGACGGGACCGAACUCAAGGGAACCUGGGCCCUGGAAGGUGAAACACUUAAAGGGAAGUUCACCCGGAAGGACAACGGCAAGGAACUGAUUACCACCAGGAUUGUUUCUGGUGAUGAGAUGAUACAGUCCUACAACUAUGAGGGCGUCGAUGCCAAGAGGAUCUUCAAGCGGGGUUAGGAAACUCCCAGCGAUCCACAAACACGGCAAAGAUGACAAACGUCGAGAGAUCUGAGAUUACCUGAAACUCUGCAGCGCCCCUCGAGUCUGAAGAUUCCGCUUCCUCCUUUCUGCACACCUGCGCGAAUAAAGCGUCUGGUUGAUGAGAAUCGCCAACACUUCCUGUGCUCUGUCACCAUCAUGUGGGCCUGAUGUUUACAGUUUAGCUCCCAGCUGCUGUUUUGCACAACUUUGGAUAUUUAUUAAAAAAAAAUAAAGCCACUUCCCUAGUGCCAGCGACUGUGCCUGUUUGUUUUGUAUCGACUGAAAUCAAGUCUGUUGUUUGCACCAAAAAUGAUCUUUGCAUUUCUCCAUAUUUACAAUACAGUGAGGUGAAAUUCAAAUGAUGGCAAUUCAUUUGAAGAUAACUUUUCACCGAGCAUCCAACAAACAUUUAUUUUAAUUUUUUUUUUGUUUGUUUGUUUUUGUUUUUUGCUUUGUGUGAAAGCAUCUUCAAAAUGACUACAUUCUAAUCUGUACAUUUCAAAAGAGGCAACUAUACAACUACAUGGUAUAUAUGUUAUGGCAUUUAGGGAGGGAAAAUGACUAAUUGGCUUCCCUUCUAAAUUCCUCUUCUUUUAAUUAAUUCUGUGUGGACCAGUGGUAGCCAACCCUGCUCCUGGAGAUCUACCUUCCCUGUAGGUUUUCAUUCCAAGCCUUAUUUGGCACACCUGAUUCUACUAAUUAGAGUUUCUAUGAGAUCUCUAGCUGUCGAACGAGUUGCACUUUGUUAGGGUUGGAGUGAAAACUGUGUAUCUAAGGCGAAGUCAUUUUCAAGUGGGUGUGGGAUUAUAGUUAUGCAAUGAUAUGUUGCAGUUACCCUUGUGGCCGCUAGAUGGCAUUGGUAUAAUACUGAGUAAGGAGCACAGUACUGGGACUGAUCUACGUGAUUUCCGAUGCUCGGAUAGCUCGCCCCCAUUUGAAAUAAAUGACCAAUGGAAUUAGAAGAACCAGAAAUUGAGGCGGAGCGUCCUAGUAUUACAAAACUUGAUUGGAUUUCACAAACUGACCUUGAAGCAGGAAGUAAUUAUUUCUCAGUCAUUUUGCUUCCAACAUGGAACCAGAGAAGGAGGGAAAGGAGAAGAGAGGGGCUUUAGUAACUUUACCUAAACACUCGUACUGGUUUGACUUUUGGGUUUUUAUCGUCUUUGACAUCGCCUUUUUCGUCGUGAUGUAUUUUAUAGUGCCCUAAGCAUUGUUCCUGUUUCAUACUGCCGUUCUAAACUUACACAAAUCUGAGCUAGAUGACUGCAUGCGAGAGGAGGAGUCUGUCCUACGACGAUCCAUUGGGGGAACGCCUGGUUUGAAAAGUGAAGUUAUGUUUGGAGCAGUUUGACAAAGUUACGACGUCCUCCCUGGAGUGCUUUAACCGAUCAUUCCCAGCUGACAACUGUGUACUGUUAUUUUCAGUUAACGUUCUGCGUCUGAUUUGUUAAAUACCAUGUGUGCCUACAAUGCUAAAUUACACCGUGCAAUUACAUUUGGUGUUUUGGGACGGAGAGUGGUCGCAAAUGUAAAACUCUUAAUUCAUAUUUAAGCGAACAUGUAUAGUGUAUGACCAAUAACUGCAUUGUUUUUGCGCGUUUUAAAUGGAUCCGCAGUGUUAAUUUCGUGUUUCAAGCCAUGCGAUGGGGUGAAAUAAACUACUAUUUUUUAAACUUG